AUGAUGGCAAGUGUUGUAUAUUUGUUGGAUUCCAAGGCCAGACCUUUAAUUCACAGGGAUUAUAAGGGAGACGUGCCAAUAUCUCUCGUUGAGGAGUUCCCAUUGCUUCUGUUGAAGAAGACCACUACAGAUACCAUUUCGACAAACCUCUCUGCCAUUGACGACGUUCCCCCUAUCCUGUACCAUCAGGGAUACUGUUUCACCUAUAUUCUGCACAAUGACAUAUAUGUUUUGGCCAUUUCUCAUAGUGAUGUCAAUGUUUUCGAUAUUUUGGUUUUUUUGAACAAUUUAAUUGGCGUCUUCACUUCCCAUUUCAAGCAACUCAAUGAGGUUGCAAUCAAGGACAACUAUUCGGUCGUCUAUGAGCUGUUAGACGAGAUGAUGGAUUUUGGAAUUCCCCAAUUGACAGACGACAAGGUAUUGAAGGAGUACAUUACACAACAAUCGCUUACUUUUGAGAGACUCAUUGAGAAGGUGUCCAAUUCUGCAACUUCCACUCAUAAGAAGAUCAAGCAGCCAAGACAGAUCCGUAGAGAACAACGGGUUUCGCCAACGACAUUGACCAAUGCCGUUUCUUGGAGACCAGAGGGGCUCCUGUAUAAGAAGAACGAGGCAUAUCUCGAUGUUAUAGAGAGUAUAGACAUGCUGAUCAAUUCCAAGGGCCAAAUGCUGUCUUCUGAAAUCUUUGGAAAGAUCAAGUUGAGGAGUUACCUCUCUGGGAUGCCCGAGCUACAGUUGGGUCUUAAUGACAAGUUCAUCAACAGCGGACUACAGUCAAUCCGAGGAUUGACAAGCGGCGUAAAUGACCUGGACGAGGAAGAUAUGGAGGAGAAUGCAGUUAGAGCAAGUACAAAGUCAGCUGUUGAGGUGGAAGACGUUAAAUUUCACCAAUGUGUUAAGUUGGGGGAAUUUGAGUCUAGUAAGGUGAUUUCAUUUAUUCCUCCUGAUGGGGAAGUGGAUUUGAUCACAUAUAGAGUCCAUUCUGACGUGUUGAAGCCAUUGUUCCUGAUUGACUACAAGUUUAAGAACCACUCGAAUACCAGGCUUGAAAUAAUGGUCAAGGUGAAGGCCAACUACAAGAGCAAAGUGAGCGCCAACAAGGUGGAGAUCAAGAUUCCUGUUCCCAACGACAUUGACUCGCCAAAGUUCCAUUACCAGAAGGGCAAGCUCAAGUACAUUCCGGCGGAGAAUUACAUUCGAUGGAAGUUCCACAAGAUUGAAGGCGGGAAGGAGUAUGUUAUGGUUGCCGAAUUGAUGCUAUUGAGCACCAUCAACGGAGACGAGCUCACAACGUUCCGCAAGGUGCCCAUCAACGUCAAGUUUGAAAUGCAAGGCUUUGUGACCAGUGGGUUACAGGUUAGGUACUUGAAGAUCCACGAGCCCAAGCUCAACUAUCCCUCUUACCCAUAUGUGAGAUACAUCACACGAAGUGGUGAUCAUUACGACAUCCGUAGUGGAAGAUAUGGAAUGUGA